AUGAUGGCUCGCCGGCGGUGGUCCGGCGUGGCGCUGGCCUUUGCGCUGGUCGUCGCAUGGACAGUGAUCCUGGUAUCGUAUGUGCACAUGGCCAAGGAACCGUACAAGAUGCUGCAGUUCGGCAAGACAUGGCACCGCCCGGUCGUAGGGGGAGAGUCGCAGCGCAAUGCCUCGCUGCCGAUCGACGAGGAUCCCAUGGCGCUCGUCGAGAGCAUGGCCAACGUGCAUACGUUUGCACCGCUGCAACCGAAUAUACUGCCUAUCUACAAUAUCACAGUGGGUCUGUGCUACCCGGUGCUCGGCUGCUUUGUCCAUUCACGCAGCGACAACAUGGCCGGCGACUGGGUGCGUGUCGAGCGCCCGCUAAGCGCGCACGUCGCCGAGUGGCGGGGCACUUCGGGGCGCGGAGGGCCGAGCAAGUCGCUGAGCAGGUAUGGCUCGCCGUACCUCUUUUACCGCCGCGCGCUCGAGCGCCAUGGCGAGCACAUUGUCGAGGUGUCUAUCGUCCCGAGGGAUGCGCCGCUUCCCGAGACGGGGCGCUGGCACCGCGUCGCGAUUCCAUCUGCUGCGCCGUUCCGCAAGGCAAAGGAGCACGAGGUCCGAUUCCGCACCGAGAUGGACGCCAAGGACGCCAUUACCGAGCUCGACAUGAUGUAUGGGCCGAAUCCGCCGCCGCCGGGCUUUGCCGUCGCAGCGACGCUCCCGCCCGUCGUCAACAAGGACGGCAAGGUGUCGCCGCGCGCGGCGCUGAUUAUCCGCCGCAAGGUAGAACGCACGCCGCGUGCGCCUCCGCUGCGUUUCCACGCGGACGGCUCGUUCAAGAUUUUGCAGCUCGCCGAUCUGCACUUUUCCGUGGAAGAGCUGGCGUGCCGCGACGUGGAAGACGUCGCGCGGUGCCAGUCGCAGAACGAUACCCUGGCACUGGUCGAGCGCUGGCUCGACGAGGAGAAGCCGGACUUGGUGGUGUUUACCGGCGACCAGCUCAAUGGCCAAGGCACGUCGUGGGACGAGCACAGCGUAAUGCCGGGCUGGCUCAUCCCCGUCGUCCGGCGCAAGAUCCCGUGGCUGCCGCUGUUUGGCAACCACGACUCGGAGAGCGGCUUUUUGACGCGGCGCGAGCAGAUGGAGCUGCUCGCGCUGUACCCCUAUUCGCUCGCACAAGUAGGCCCGCGCGACGUGCACGGCGCGGGUAACUACGACGUCGCCGUGCAUGCGCCCGCGCCGGACAACACCGAGCUGCUGACGCUCUGGAGCUUGGACUCGGGCGCACACCCCUCGUUCUCGGUGCUGCGCCCAUGGGAGGUGUACCUCUACGACUGGGUGCACUCGGACCAGGUACAGUGGAUGGUACAUGCGCUGCGCAGCCGCGUGCCGAUCCCGUGGCCGUACAAGCCCAAAGCGCAGCCGCCGGCCGUGGUGCGCAGCCGCCGUGCGCCUGCCCAGCGCCCGCCCGGCAUUGUGUUUGUGCACAUCCCUUUGCCCGAGGCCUUUGACAAGGUCGACACGGAUGCGAGUGGCAAAGAGCUGCGUGUCGGUGUGCGCGAAGAGCGGUAUGCGCGCCUCGGUGGCCAGGCACGCCGCGGUGUCUUUGACGCGAUGCUUGCCGAGCGGAACGCCGAGACGCCGAGCGUGCGCCUCUAUGUCCACGGCCACAUGCACAACAACGAGGACUGCCGCCGCGUGCGUGGCGUGUGGAUCUGCUUUGGCGGCGGUGUGAGCUACGCGGCUUAUGGCAAAGUGGGCUUUGCGCGCCGCGCGCGUGUCUAUCGCAUCACCGACUUUGGGCAGACCACUACGACGUGGCACCGCCGCGACGAUGUCCAAGGCCGCGUCGAAGAGACGGUCCUGGGAUAA